AACUGAUAAGAAGAAAAAGAUAUUCUAAAAAUCUAAAUAUAAAUAUACACAUAGUACGAUUACGUGUGUUCCAAGUGAAGGAAUUUUUAUUUUUAUUUUUAAAAAAGAUAACUCCCCAAAACCCCCACACUUCUUCUACAUCUUUCUUGUUGCUGGUUAUCCCUUUUCUCUACUAUUUUUUUUUUUUCCUUCUUUUUUCUGGUUGGGUUUUCAAUUUUCAUUAAUGGGUUGAUUUUGGUUUUUUUAUGAAUUCUUUUGUUGCUGUUGGUUUUGAGGAGUGGAUAAAUGGGUAUUGGUUUUUGAGAUAGGCUGCUUGUUCUGUUUGUUUGGUUGCUUGUUUACUGGAAUAGAAGAAGAAGAGGAUAAAUAAGAAGAGAAGAAUGAGGAAAUCAUUUAAGGAUUCACUUAAGGCUCUCGAGGCUGAUAUCCAGUUUGCUAAUACCCUGGCUUCUGAUUAUCCUAGGGAAUAUGAUGGCGCCUGCCUUCAAAUGAGAUUAUCCUAUAGUCCUGCUGCUCAGUUUUUCCUCUUUUUAGUUCAGUGGACUGAUUGCCACCUUGCUGGUGCCUUGGGAUUGCUUAGAAUUCUCAUAUACAAGGCUUAUGAGGAUGGAAAAACAACUAUGUCUGUUCAUGAAAGAAAAGCUAGUAUAAGAGAGUUCUACGGGGUGAUAUUUCCUUCUUUAUUGCAACUUCAAAGAGGAAUCAAUGAUCUAGAUGAGAGGAAACAGAAAGAGAUUUGUUCCAGGUAUAAAAAGAAAGACGAGAUGGACAGAGGAAAGCUCUCUGAAAUUGAUUUAGAGAGAGAAGAAGAAUGUGGAAUUUGCUUGGAGAUAAAUACCAAGGUUGUGCUGCCCAAAUGCAAUCAUUCAUUGUGUAUGAGGUGCUAUCGAAAUUGGCGCGUAAGAUCUCAGUCAUGCCCAUUCUGUCGGAACAGUCUGAAGAGAGUCAACUCAGGUGAUCUUUGGAUCUACACGAGCAAGAACGAGAUUGUCGCGCUGUCGUCGAUUACUAGGGAGAAUUUGGAGAGGUUGUUUAUGUACAUUGACAAAUUGCCUCUGAUUGUUCCAGGUCCAAAGUUUGCUUCUUAUGAUUCCCGGUAACAGUGAGGACCGUGCUUGGCAAAUUGUAUAUAUAUAUAUAUAUAUCUAGCUGUUCAUUGUACAUUAUCAUUGUUUGCCUAAUCUCCAUUUCUUGAUGUUUGCCUAUAUAAUCUUCCUUCCUCAGGGAGGAGUUUUAGAAUUGUAAAUACAUACUGCUGAUGACUGGAUUAUUUAUUUAUUCGUUUA